AUGAAUCAGGUCUCGGCAAAAUCAAAAUUUAAGACAAACGAAUUUAUUAAUAAUGAAAAUAAGAAUGUUAGAUUCAUGAACAAAGCUAAAAGUAAUUUAAAUGGAGUUAGUAAAUGCACAAUAAAUGGACAGACUACACAACCAUCACAUAAACAGAUAUAUAUAAAGAACUCCAACUUGAAACAACGAACAUAUAAUAAUAUUUUGAAACCCCCAUUUAAAAGUAGUCUCAAAAGUAAUCAGAAUGGUUCUCACAAAAUUCCUCCAGUAAGUUUUAUAAAACCUGCACACAAUGAAUUAGGAAAUGGAGGUAAAAAAGUAUCUCUAUAUGAUACAAGAAAUUUGACAAAUAACAAUUUUAAGAAGCCGCAUUUCAAUAAAUUAAUAGCGCAGAACCAUAGUGAUAAUAGAUUUGACGAACAGAAGAAUGUAAGAAGGAACCUUAAUGAGGAUAUUCAUUUGGAAAAAGACGCUACUGGUAAUGCAGUUAGCAGUAAUGUAACUAUAGGUAAUAAAUAUUCUAUACUGUAUAACAGUCCCUACAAUUGCGAAGGCGGUGAGGAAAACACUAAUAAGAACGUCAGUGGUAACAACGUGGAGGGUAUUAUGUACUCAUACACGUCGCCAGUAAAAAGGAAAUAUAAUGCUAUAGAAGGUGUUAAUAAAAAUUAUGACAAUGAAAAUAAGGACCUUAAAAGGUCAGAUAAAAAGUUCGAUCAAAGUAAUUACGAUUUUGAUAACAGUAAAAGUUAUCAUAGUAUGAACAACGUGUCAAGUAAUACAAAGGAAAAUUCGAAUGUUCAUAAUUCGAAGUUAAACUUCGAAAAUAAGCCCACAAACGGUAGUGGGGACGAUGAUAGUAAUGGAGAUGCUAAUGGUAGUAGUAAUGCUGAUGAUAAUUAUAAUUAUAAAUAUAAUAAUGGUAAUAUCAACACUGAUGGGAACAUGAACAGUAGUGGUAACUUAAUCAGUAGUGGUAAAAUAAUCAGUAAUGGUAAAAUAAUCAGUAGUGGUAAAAUAAUCGGUAGUGGCAAAAUAAUCAGUAGUGGUAAAAUAAUCGGUAAUGGUAACAUAAUCGGUAGUGGUAACAUAAUCGGUAGUGGUAAAAUAAUCGGUAGUGGUAAAAUAAUCGGUAGUGGUAACAUAAUCAAUAGUGGAAGUGGUAAACAUAGCGGAGAUGGUAAUAAGGAAAGUGCUAAGGGACCGAGUGCCAAUAUAUUUUUUGGUAGUAAUAAAGAGAGUACAAUCCUAAAUAGAUCACUGCCAACAAUGUAUGCUACCAGUGGAGUUAAUGUAAAUACCACGUUCAACAAUAAUAUGAACAAGAAUUUUAAUUUUGCCUCACACACGUUGGGAAGGAAUAACACUAAUUAUGAGCGUUUGAAAAAUAGUGAUAAUUGUUUGAAUGGUACAAAUUACGAAGGAAAUUACAAAUAUCAUUACAUGGAAAAAGAAAUAUGCACAAAUAUGGAAGAAUUAAAAAAAAAAGAAAAAAAAAAAAAAGAUGUAAAUUUAGUCAGGAAUAAAUUAGGGAGUACUAAUGCUAACACAAAUUUUAAUGAAUCUAGUAGCAAUUACAUAAAUCGAAAUCUCAACAGUUCUUUAUAUUAUUUGAAUGGAUUAGUAACUAGAAAUGAGCAAAAUGAUGAGAGGCAUUUACAAUACAUAACAGACACUAAUAGUGAAAAAAUAUUGAAUAAUUCAAAUAAGAAUGAUAUGUUUAAUACUAGUACAUUUGAAGUAUUAAGUGAAGAAAAUUUUAAUGCACAUGUAAAAAGGAAAACUUAUUAUAAAAAAGGGAUCAAUGAUAGCCACCACGUAGAAGGAGGGGGAGGAGUGACCACCAAGCACAGUAGUAGUAAUAGAAAGAAUAUAUCAAACAAUUCUUUGAGCUUUACUAAUUUAUUGAAGGAGGACGCCGUCAACCAACAAGUGAACUCCGUUUUUUUAAGUAAUGAAAAAGGGGUUCUAAAAAAUAGUUUAAUAGAAUCGAAUAAUCAGGAUCUUAAAAUGUUGUCUAAUUCUUAUCACGAUUCGGAAGUGAACGACAUCGGUAGCACGGGUGGUAGAAGCAUCAGUAAAAGCGCUACUAAAAGUGGUAGUAGAAAUGGUAGUAGAAAUGGUAGUAGAAACGGUAGUAGAAAUGGUAGUAGAAAUGGUAGUAGAAAUGGUAGUAGAAAUGGUAGUAGAAAUGGUAGUAGAAAUGGUAGUAGAAAUGGUAGUAGAAACGGUAGUAGAAACGGUAGUGGAAACGGUAGUAGAAGCGGUAGUAGAAGCGGUAGUAGAAGCGGUAGUAGAAACGAUGACAGACGUGGUAAUAAACCGAAUGGGCAUAAGAAGCAGGGGGAAAGAACCAUGGAAGGUAUCUAUUACAGCAAGUACGACGAAAUAAAUAGCAUAUCGAGGGGUGUACAGGAAAUGGAUUUGAAAAAGACAAGGGGAAUGAGAAUACAUAACAUGAUGGAUGCUUACAAAAAUAGGGAUAAUAAUUUUUUGCAUUUUCAAAAUAUUGUUCAUAAUAUAACAGAAUGUAGUAAUAGUGAAAAAGACAUAGAUAUAUUAUAUAAAAACGUUAUGAUUUUGAAUAAUUAUUCUUUAAAUUUCAAUAGUGAAAAUGAUUGUAUAGGUGAGAUAAUAAACAUAAGAAAUAGUGUUAAUAGUAAUAUACAGAAUAUACAACAAGCAAUUUAUAAUAAAAAAAAAAAUGUACAGGAUAAACGAAAUAUUGUUAAUGAAGAGUAUGAAACAAUUUCACAAAAAUUAAGGGAAUGUGAAUCCAUAUUUUGUGAUACUAAUGAUGAAAGAGGAGAAAGGAAGUUAAAAGUUUUUUACGAAAUAGAUGAAAAAAAAAAUAUACUUAGAAAGAAAUAUGAAAUCAAAAAAAUGCUAUUAAAAAAAAUUGAAUAUAAAAUACAAAAACUCCAAGAAUAUACAGAUGCGGUUAAACUUAAAACCUUAGCCACAUCUAGGAGAUAUAAAAAAACAUUUCUAUUAAUUGAAGAAUUAUUUCGAUUGAAAAUAAUAAAAGAUGAUGAGAAACAAAUAGAAGUAUGUUUAAUUCCCAAAAAUACAAAUACUAACAUGUGGCACAGGCUUCAAUUAGACAAGAAUGAAAUAACGUCUGACGCAAGUGACUAUUUGUGGAGUCAGAUUGAAACCUUCGUUGACAAAGAAAUGAUUGACGAUUACUUUUGA